AACCUCACAUUUCUCUCCGGCGUGUGUUUUGUCAACCAUUUGGAAACACGUGUUAGUGCAUUAUCACAGAAAAUGGAAGAUUUUGAAAUGGCAUCUCCGGUGAAGAAGGAGAAGAAAAAGAAGCGAAUAAAGCAAGAACCUGAAGAAGUGGAGAAUCUGGGGGAGCUUCAGCGUACGGGAAAUUUUCAAAUAGCCCCAUCUCAGAAGGUGGCCACAUUGGAUACCAGCAAAUGGCCACUUUUGCUGAAGAAUUUUGACCAUCUCAAUGUGAGAACAAAUCACUAUACGCCACUGCCCUUUGGGGCAUCACCACUCAACAGAGACAUCCGAGACUAUGUCAGCUCGGGCUUUAUCAAUAUAGACAAACCCUCCAAUCCCAGUUCACAUGAAGUUGUGGCGUGGCUCAAGAGAAUCCUCAAAGUCAACAAAACCGGGCAUUCCGGGACGCUGGAUCCCAAGGUGACUGGUUGCCUGAUUGUCUGCAUAGAUCGUGCCACGCGACUCGUAAAGUCCCAGCAGAGUGCAGGAAAGGAGUACGUGGCAGUGUUUAAGCUCCAUUCAGCUGUGGAGUCCCUGACAAAAGUCCACCAGGGACUGGAGAAGCUCCGUGGAGCUCUAUUCCAGCGUCCACCACUCAUUUCGGCCGUGAAGCGUCAGCUUCGAGUGAGAUCGGUCUAUGAGAGCAAACUCCUGGACUUUGACUCAUCCAGAAACCUCGGUGUCUUUUGGGUUAGCUGUGAGGCGGGCUCGUACAUCCGGACAAUGUGUGUCCAUUUGGGGCUAUUUCUGGGCGUUGGGGGGCACAUGAUUGAGCUGCGCCGGGUGAGAUCGGGCAUUCAGAGUGAGAAGGAGGGAAUGGUAACCAUGCAUGAUGUUCUCGAUGCCCAGUACAUGUAUGAUCAUCACAAGGAUGAAUCCUUGCUCAGGAGAGUCAUUCAGCCACUGGAAGGACUCCUCGUUGGACACAAGAGGAUCUUCAUGAAGGACAGUUCCGUAAAUGCGGUUUGUUAUGGUGCCAAAAUCAUGCUACCGGGAGUUUUGAGGUAUGAAGAUGGAAUUGAGUUGAAUCAGGAGAUUGUUAUUUGCACAACAAAAGGCGAAGCAAUCGCUCUGGCCAUUGCGCUCAUGACUACGGCCACAAUGGCCAGCUGUGACCAUGGCGUCUGUGCCAAGAUCAAGCGAGUGAUUAUGGAGAGGGAUGUGUAUCCCAGAAAAUGGGGCCUGGGGCCCAAGGCAUCAGCCAAGAAGGCGCUAGUCGCUGCGGGGAAAUUGGACAAAUACGGACGUCCAAAUGAGAAUACCCCCAAGGAAUUCCUCACCAGCUACGUGGACUACAGCGCAAAGGGAACAAGUUCAAAUGGCCAGGAAGAUCCUGAAGAACUGCGCAAUAAGCGAAAACUGAGCAUGGGAAGUACAACAGCAGAAGCUGACACGACUCUUGAUACGAGUCAAACGGAUUUGAGUGGUGAGAAGAAGAAAAAGAAGAAGAAGAAGCACGAUGAGGAGGCUCCUGCUGAGGCAACAGAACAGCCCGGAGAGGUCAAAGAAAAGAAGAAGAAGAAAAAGAAGGACAAAGUGAAGCAGGAAGAGGUUGAAUGAGUGAUGAGAUGGAGUGAAAGGAAAUUGGAUGCGGGUGCAAAAAAAAUGCAUUUUUAGAUCUCCGAAUGAAAGGUGAGUUUAAAACAAAAAGAAUUAUAAUUUUACAAAUUUCCAUGUUUUACUGGAAUAAAAAUUCGGAAAGAGACACUUAAAUUUCAAUAAAGAAUAUUAAAAAUAAAA